AUGGGAGAGGACGGACACGAACCGGCGAGCAAGCGGGUCAUCUCAGACAACGUCAUCUUCGCGUCGGUCGUGGUAGGGCUCGAGGCCUUCUUCCUCAUCAUCUAUGCCAUCUGGUUCGAAUUCGUGACCGACCCGGUCGAUGCGGCCAAGGAGGUGGUCUUCUAUCCCUUCUUUCGCGACAUCUGCAUCAUGAUUUUCUUCGGCUUCGGCUUCCUCAUGGCCUUCCUGCGGCGAGCGGGCUUCACCGCCAUCGGCUACAGUUUCUUCCUCGCGGCCGUGGUGUGCCAGUACUCCAUCGUCCUCGACCACUUCUUCUUUGAGCUGGGCGACAACCCCACGUUCAGCCACCGCCGACAUGUGGGUGUGGAGAACAUGCUCAACGGUCUCUUCUGCUCCGGUGCCUGCCUCAUCUCGUUCGGUGCCUUCAUCGGCAAGAUCAGCCCGCUUCAGCUGUUGGUGCUCAUCAUCGUCGAGCCCUUCUUCUACUGGCUCAACUUCUUCAUCGGCUACAUCAAGCUCGAAGCCGUCGACAUCGGUGGUGGCAUGUUCAUCCACACGUUCGGCUGCUACUUCGGCCUCGCUGCCUGCUGGUGGCUCACCAGCAAGAAGACCCACGGCCAUCCCGACAACUGCUCGUGCUACAGCAGCGACGUCUUCUCGUACGCCGGCACCCUCUUCCUCUGGAUGAUGUGGCCUUCGUUCAACGGCAUCCUCGGUGCCGACGCCCAGGAGCAGAACCGUGCGUUCUUCAACACCUUCAUCAGCUUGUGCGCCUCGACGGCCGCCACCUUCGUCGUCUCUCGCCUGGUCUCCGGCCACCGCUUCGACUGCGUGCACAUCCAGAACUCGACGCUGGCCGGAGGCGUCGUCAUGGGCGUCGCCGCCGGUCUCGACAUGCACCCCUCGGCUCCCAUCGGCAUCGGCUUCGUCACCGGCGUCAUCUCCGUGCUCGGCUACAAAUACCUCACCCCGUUCCUCAGUCGGUUCGGCAUUCAGGACAUCUGCGGUAUCCACAACCUUCACGGUAUGCCCGGCGUGCUGGGUUCGAUGGUGGCCAUGUGGGCGACCCUCGGUCUCUCCUACGACAGCAACGAGUACGAGGAGCUCUUCCCUCGCGGCCGCGGACAGGCCGGCAUCCAGGCCGCCGCCACCGCCAUCUCCAUUCUGCUUGGCUUGGGCAGCGGCUUCUUCUGCGGUUUCCUGAUGUGGCUGGUGGGCAAGCUCAACCCCAUCAAGCGCGCCGAUCUCUUCAACGACCGUGACAACUGGCAUCUGCCCUCCGACUACGAGUACGUCGUCGUCAAGGACGAGGACGACAACAACGUCGAGAUGGAGGACAUGAACGGCGUCUCCGGCUCGCACAUCCGCGCGCUCAAGAACAAGCAGGUCGGCAAGGUCGUCCCCGCCGAGGACGGCAAGGCCCCCAAGUACUCGCGAACCGGUACCGUCAUGGUGGACGGCCGCGACAGCGACAGCGACAGCGACUAA